AUGGGACAAGUCACACAAGCACCGAAAAAAAAGUUGACCAAAAAGGAGAAAGCACGAAUCGAAGCUGAACGUGCAGAAGCUGCUCGUAUAGAACUGGAAAAGGAAAGGCAGCGACAAUAUGAAGAGGAACAGAAACGUAAAUUGUUGGAACGUGCUGAGGCUGAGAGGCGCCAGAAACAGGAAAUUCAGGAAAAUAAAAUACGAAGAGUGCAAUUGAAGGAUAGCUGCGAAUUUUUUGGUGUUUAUGUUUGUGGUUUAAUUUUAGACUACAAAAAACACAUCAACGAAAUUGGUGUAAAAAUUGAAAAGGAAAAGGAAUGGGAAAGGUAUAUGCGAUGCAACGGUCUCCCAAAUGCUUACGAUCCUGGUGAUUUAAGGAAGUACAUGCACAUGUGGAAACUGCAAAAUGAACAUUCAAACAAACAGGAAAUAAAUUGGCUGCUCAAUAUUGACGAAAGAACGAUUUUAACGCAGGAUCAAAGUAAAAUCGAUUUGACACGAAGCAAUUUAAAGGCCAAACAGCCCAUCUUAGGCGAUUCCUAUUCCAAACGAAUUAGAGAAAUUUUGGGUAUCUUGGCCGAAAUUGACGAAGCGAUCGACAGUGGAUUGCCGAGGGUAAUUAUCAAAGAUUUGCACGUCCUCAAACACACAUUUCGAACAUCUAUUUCGGAAUUUAUCGAUGAUUUCACAUUCAAAAUUUUGUCCAACAUUGAGCGCGACAUGGAACUGAGCAAGAAUGGUACAGUGGCUAGACACGCUUAUCAGUCGGAUAUAUUUAAAUCUCAGAUUUGGACUCUACGCGAAGUUCCUCAGCCACAAUUGAAUUCCAAAGAAAAGUUAAAAUUUGAAAGAAGUCACACUGAAAUUGAAUUUCCAUUGCUGGAAUUAGAGAUCACACUUCCUCCGUCUGUUAAAUGCAAAGAUUCCGCUAUCAGAGUAUUAUGGUUGAGCUAUGACCAUUUCAGCGAUUACAGUCCGAGCUAUUACAUACCGUUUAAAGUGGACGCAACAAUAGACAUAGGGAUGGCUACUCGUAGGGAAUGGCGUAAGCGCAAGGAAAUACUAAAAUCGGCCAAAGAAAAUGCUGAAGACGGCAAAUCGAAGAAAAACGAUGGAAUUAUUGAUGUGACGAAAAUUUACACCGAAUACGAGGACGAGUUAAGUAAAUCGGUGAGAAAACAAAAGGGGCCCGAAGGUCUCAAAUUGAAAGAGUUCGAUGUGAAUCUCCGCAAAUACCGAAUGGUUGGAGGCAUUUAUUGCAUUGAAUAUGUUAAGCAACCGCAGCAAGAUAUGAAAUUGAAUUCAAAAAAAUAUUUACGAACAGGUGAUCCAAUCGUCCGCAAUUACGAUUGGGAAUAUCGGACGAUUAACACUUUCGUUUCAGUUUUAUAUCCGAACUCCCUCCAACGAAAACAUUUUCAUCAAACUUACAAACCACCGGCGCCGGUCCUGCCAGGAGUUCGAAGACUACCGGAAGAAAUUGAAGCAGAAAUGAGAGAAAUGGAAGCCAAUUUGGACAAACUUGCAUCGGCCACUAUUAAGCUUCCCGAAGACACAAUCAUGUGGUUCGAACCACCCACCGUAUGUCGAUGGGAAUGGCCCGACGAGACAAAUCAUUCUGAGCGAAAAAAGAGUAAAAAGAAAUCUAAAACGAGAUCCAAGCACAAAACAUCCGCACCGCCAAAGAUCAUCGAAGAUUUCAAUUUGUUUAACAUACCGUCUGGACUGGAUAUGUAUUGCAUUAUGCAAGAGUUCGUCGUACCACGUCUCCCGAACGGAUACAGUAUUAAAAUUGAUAAGGUAGUCGGUGAUCGUCGUCGGAGUUCAUUGCUGAGAAGUACACGGAAAGAUUCCAGAGAACCAUCAACCAUUACUGCCAGACCAUCUUCAGUCAAUAUCAAACAUGCUCUGAUUGAAACUAAUUCCCCUCGUCCCCUUUUCCCGAAAGUAACGAUCAAACGUGAAUUGAAUGUGGUGGAGAAGAUCGACCGUUCAUCCAGUAUAGUUACCAGCUGCUCCAACGAUACCAACCAUUCGUCGGAACGUUCGAACGAUACCAUAAAAAAGGUUUACAUGUUCUCUAAGCUGCUGAAGGAUUUGGACGAACUAAAUGAAUUACAAUACCCGUACCCGGAGAAGCAAAUGGAGGAGAUAUCGGAAAGUUUAUCGAUGUCAGUUGAAGAAGAAGAACUGGAAACCGAACCCGAUUUUUCCAUUUCAUUUCUGCGAACUAAUGACUUUCCUUGGAACUUCAAUAAAAAACCGGAAAAAAGUGACGAACAGCCUCCCGAGGAAGAAAGUGAAGACAGUAGCGUCGACCAAAAUGGUGAAAUUGAAACUGAUUCGUCGUCGGAUGACGAAGACUGUACCAUUGGACGAUGGAGUUCAAGGGACGUGCAUGAUGCAAAAUUUAAUGAAGAUAAAUUGGCCAUUCAAUUCAAAAUUGGUCGGCUUGGAUGCUUCGGAUUAGCGAUUAAUUGGCACAGUAACUUACCAUUUCAAACAUGGGAGUUGAAGCCGGACAUAAAAUCGACUGUUCCUAACACAAUUUUGUUCAGUUUGUCCGCAUCGGUAGUCAACAUCGAAUUGUCUAUUUCGAAUAAAGGCAUCACACUGAACUCGUUUCAGGGUGGAAUUUCUACAAUCAUCCAAGAUGUCAUUGGUAACGCCAUGAGUUUCGAUGAUCUCAAAAACACGUUCACAUCAGCCGGUCUCAAUCUGUUCCCGGAAGAUGAUGCAUUUUGUUAUGCAGAAGGGACAUGCGAAAAGCACUAUGUGAUGGAAUCGCACUUGUACGACUGUAUGGCAGCUGUUGCAUUGACCCACAAUUUCACUUGGUCUCGAUGGAAUUUUAUGUCUGGCCGACGUUCUUGUGUUCUACUAAUGCGUGAAAUUGUUGAAAAUCGAAAAACCCCAAGCCAUUCCACUCUCCACGUUACCCCUCUGAAAGCAUCCCUUAUCGAUUGUACAGACGUUUCGCCAUGCUUCAAUCCGAUUGCAAUCGAAGGAAUGGAGUUUUACGCCGAUUUGCACCAACUGUCCAAGGCCCAUUCACAAACCGUUUCGCUGAUGAAACAGGCGCAAAUGGAUCCGAUACUUCGUAACAAUGUCAAGUUAAUCUUGAAAGCAACGAGGCCGCUGAGCUUUUGCUAAUACUUUUAAUUAACAUGUAAUUGUGAGUGUUGGUUUUAUUCGCCAGUCUAAUUUCCCAUUUUAUCGUAAUAA